CUCCAGCCUCUUGAGGAUGGUGGAUGGAUUGGCAUCGUGUAAUGGCUUGCUGGCGAGGUGAGGAAUCAAAGAGGACAAGCACAAAACAUGACCCCUUAGGGGGAAAGGCACACAUUCCAAGCUUCCACUCCUCCUCCUCAUCGAAUUCUCCUCCUCUUCCUCCUCUGCAGCCAUAAAUAAAGCAGCUCCCUACCACCUCCAUCAUCCCCACCCCCGCCCUCACCUGCCCUGCGAUAAACGAGUGCUUUUGUCGUGUUUCAGAAUGGGCAUUCCCAUCAGCGUUCUUGGGAAGCUCGGCCUGCCAGGGGUGGAUUCCUUAUCUACGGAUCAGGUGUAUACCAAAUACUUCGGCGACCAAAAGAUCAAGACCUACAAGGACUUUCACAAUGCUUUCCUUUCGCUUUGCAACGAUUUUAAUGCAAUCAUGCCUGGUAAACAUUAUAAGAUCAAAGCAAACCAGAAGGAAAUAGAGGAUUUCUUCAAGAACAAGUGGUUGACAACUAAGGAGACAGAGGAGUCGGGGCAGCAGAAGACGAGGAAGGAUUUGCUUGUGGAGUUCAUGAAGGAGAACGUGGAGGAGUACAAGGCAAGCUCCUCCUCUGCGAUGAUAUGGGUUGGAACAACCGUCCCUGCGGCCGCCGUCCUGCUUAAGAAGUCAGGGGAGAAGGUGCCGCAGGUGAAGAAGUUCCGGAUCGACCUCGUCCCCAACUUCGUCUUCGUGCCCACCUGCACACUGCUCUCGCUCAUCGCCGUCAGAAUGAUCAACGUCACCAAGGCCACCCGGACUACCUCUUAGAACCACCCACCGUCCUCCCUUACCGAUCUCACCUUGCUCUUAUCCCUGCAUCACAUGAGCAUAUAUACAAGUAGAAAUCUAUUGGAAAUAAGAUAAAUGGAAAUAAAAGAAGAAAUGUCAAACCUGUCUGCAUUGGUGGGCCUAUGAGCAUGUAUACAAACAGAAAUCUAUUGGAAAUAAGAUAAAUGGAAAUAAAAGAAGAACUGUCAAACC